ACGCUCUGCUAGCUAUUGUAUGUUGUCUUAAUUGUUAGUUUAAAAAACUGUGUAUGUAGUGGCAAUGAGAAAAUAUCCCAUGAUGUAGACCUUCUUAAGAAAAAUGAUAGUCUUGCCUAGCUAAUGCUUGCCUAGUUCUAAAAUCUUUCCUGAAUGAAGCAACAAGAAGUUGAUUCUUCCCAAGGAUUCAUUAUGCCCAGUACUGUUUGUAUGAACUGCUGGCAUAAUGAAAUUCAAAAACCAUGUGCAUACAAGUGCAAAACCCCAAGAAUCCCACCAAUUUAACUUAGUGCAUUGAGUUUCUAGAUGUCUGGACAACAUUAACUAAGGUUCAGUUGGAUUGCCUUUAUUUUGGGUACUUCAGUGCAGUCCUCUAAGAUCUGGCACAGCAAUAAUUAUAAGGCAGCUGGAAAAUGGAAAAGAUCUGUUAAAAAUCAAAUGUGACGUGCAUAUUGGGCAGGAAUGUGUGGUUUGGUUAUACAACCAUCAUGCUGUGUUUAGCUGCAAGAUGCGUCUUGUUACCUUCUUGUUACCUUGUUCAUAGGUUAUUUGACACUCCCCUGAGCUAUAAAUUAUGGGCAUACACAUACAGUAAGGGGAUUUAUUUAAAAAAAAAAUACAGCCCACCUUGAGAGAGAGACUUCUUUGUACACCAAACCUUUAAAUGGUGAGCCGCCUGUUAUAUUUUCAUUUUGCUUUUCUGGAUUACGUUGUUUAAGAACCUUAAUCAGCUCUUCACCAUGAAGACUGUUGCCUUUCUUCUCCUAAUGAUAAUCAGUUGCCUGGGAGGAUUAGGGCAGAAGCUGAGACCAAGGAAAAGGAGCAGUGUUGAAGAAAUCCGUUUUCAGACUAAAGCCAAAGAUUCAUGCACAAUGACUGUGAGUGGUGAUGAGGAAGUUAAACUCAGAAUUGAAUGCAGAAACCAAGGCAAGUCAUACUGGUGCGAGUACACUGGCAAGCCUUCAGUUUGUCGUGCUUUCAAUAACAAUCCAAAGGCUUAUUGGAACCAGAUUGCCCUUGAACUUAGAAAACUUCCAAAUGCUUGCCUGUCCACCUCAGUGCUGAAGCCUGCUAUGUGCCAAAAGGCUCCCACAGAUGCUCACAUGAAGCAAGUAGCUUCCAGCUUGAAGCCAACUCAGAAUCCUAGCCAACAACCAGAUACCAACAAUCAGGGGAAAUCGGUCCAGAAAUCAUCAGCUUCUCUGAAGCAGCCAGGAAAGAGCUCUAUCAAAAAAGCAGGGAAACCUAGACCAUCUACCCUGCUUCUUAUAAAACCAACCCAGCACAGUCAGGCGUCCGAAAAUGAAACUGAAGCAAUGAAGUUGGCACGAGAACAUUGCUGGGAAUCGCUGCACAAUUUCUGCUCCUACAUCAUCAGCUUCUUUAGAGGCUAAUUCAGGUAAAGCUCCCCUUAAAUAAGAUAAACACAUAGUAUCCCUUGCAGUGAUGUUUUUUAAAGUUAAGAGCAUUUUAAAGGCUAAAAACAGGGUAGGAUGCGAUGUAAUGAAUUCAGAAAUGUUUUUGGUGGACUAACUUGUCCACAUGAAGGAUUUGAACUUGUGAUUCAAUAACCCAGAACCUGAACUUAGAUGUUCUGUAAAAUGCUGAAAUGUUCUUACAGUUCCUACUGAAAUCAGCAGGAGUGGGAUGUCCUUAGCAUCUUCAGGGUCCGGUUUUUAAUGCCUACUAACAUGGAAUGGGUGUAAUGUCAGGUGAUAAAAAUAGCUGCUUUUAAAACCACUUUGUAGUUCAUUUCUAUGUUCUACAAAACAUGACUUCUGACCCAGCAGUACAUCUGUUAAAUCUGCAGACGCUGCUCUUAGCUUUCUCGCCCACUGCAUAUUGCUUCAAGGCUUAAACAACUGAAAUGGCACAAACGUUUAACACAGGUGUGAGAGAAAUCCAAAUUCUGAGAAGGCAGCGGCUAGCUGUUAACCAGAACUAAGGAAUAUUUAAUUAACUGAAAAGUAUUUUAUUAAGUUUAAAGAAGUUACAUAGUUUACAUUUAUAAAUGAAAAUAGACAAUUUCUAGGUUUCCAUAGUAAUAGCAGGUGAGCCCUACUGAAUCUUUGUUGGUAAAUAUCAAUGGUAUAAGUCUACACACAAAAAACCGCUCACAGAAGUAAUUGUACCUUACAUUUCACCUUACACUUCACAGAAGAAAUUUAUACUUACAUUUUCCCUUAAAGCGUGUCAAGAAUUGGUUACAAAAACUGACAUUUUCUGCAGAAAUGGAAAUUUGUACAGCAUGGGCCACCAUGUUAAUUAACUUUAGAUAUGUUUAGACUGCUGAAAAUCCCAAGUCUGCUUAAUAAGACAAACUGCUAAAUGACUAAUUUUUUCUUUUCUUUUGUGUGUGUGUGUGUGUGUGUGUUUUGCAGGGCAAAAUUUUUACUGCUGAAAAAGAGAUACCUACAGUAGUUUAAUGCAGUUUUUAGACUAAUGGCUUUUAGUUCCAAAAUGGGAUCAUCUCUGCAAAUCUUGUUGCAAUUAUUUUUUGCUUUGCACUUCUGAAAUGAAACUAUUUUUAACAAGUUCUCAUAGCAAGCACCGAAGAUGCAUGGAAUUGGAAAGAUUGUACUGAAAUUAUUAUGAUAAACUCAUCAUUUAAACUUGUUGAUUCUUCUAGAGAUGUAGGAACAUGAGUAUUUAUAUAUACAACCAAGACUCCAAUUUAACCUUUUUUGUGCUCUAUAUCAAUAAGUAGUAUCGUGUGCACAAUUUGCUUUGAAUGAGUAGCUAACAAGAGAAAAAAGCUGUAGAUAAUGCUGCAAUAAAAAAUGAUUUUUGAAA